CUCUGUCUGCAGAGGAAGCUUCAUGCACCGAUCACCUCCCAGCCUGCAAGGAAUCUUCUCAUAGCAUAAGAGUGUUCUCUGCUCUGGCAAGCAUCACCAUAGAGUGCAGCCAUGUCGUCAGACGCUGAGAUGGCCGUCUUUGGGGAGGCCGCUCCUUACCUCCGAAAAUCGGAAAAGGAGAGAAUUGAGGCCCAGAACAAACCUUUUGAUGCCAAGUCAUCUGUCUUCGUGGUUCAUGCAAAGGAAUCCUUUGUGAAAGGGACAGUCACAAGCAGGGAAUCAGGGAAAGUCACUGUCAAGACUGAAGGGGGAGAGACCCUGACGGUGAAGGAAGAUCAAAUCUUCUCCAUGAACCCUCCCAAGUAUGACAAAAUCGAGGACAUGGCCAUGAUGACCCACCUCCACGAACCCGCCGUGCUGUACAACCUCAAAGAGCGUUACGCAGCCUGGAUGAUCUACACCUACUCGGGUCUCUUCUGCGUCACUGUCAACCCCUACAAGUGGCUGCCGGUGUACAACCCCGAGGUGGUGUUGGCCUACCGAGGCAAGAAGCGCCAGGAGGCCCCUCCACACAUCUUCUCCAUCUCUGACAACGCCUAUCAGUUCAUGCUGACUGAUCGGGAGAACCAGUCCAUCCUGAUCACCGGAGAAUCCGGUGCUGGGAAGACUGUGAACACAAAGCGUGUCAUCCAGUACUUUGCAACAAUUGCAGCCAGUGGGGACAAGAAGAAGGAAGAGAAGUCAUCAGGCAAAAUGCAGGGGACGCUUGAGGAUCAAAUCAUCAGCGCCAACCCACUGCUGGAGGCCUUUGGAAACGCCAAGACCGUGAGGAACGACAACUCCUCACGCUUUGGCAAAUUCAUUCGAAUCCACUUUGGGGCCACAGGCAAGCUGGCUUCUGCUGACAUUGAAACAUAUCUGCUGGAGAAGUCCAGAGUCACUUUCCAGCUCAAGGCGGAAAGGAGCUACCACAUCUUUUAUCAGAUCAUGUCCAACAAGAAGCCAGAGCUAAUCGACAUGCUCCUCAUCACUACCAACCCAUAUGACUACCAGUUUGUGAGUCAAGGUGAGAUCACUGUCGCCAGCAUUAACGACCAGGAGGAGCUGAUGGCUACAGAUAGUGCCAUUGAAAUCCUGGGUUUCACGGCUGAUGAGAGAACAGCCAUCUACAAGCUGACAGGAGCUGUCAUGCACUACGGGAACCUGAAGUUCAAGCAGAAACAACGAGAGGAGCAGGCAGAGCCUGAUGGCACUGAAGUUGCUGACAAGGCUGCCUACCUGAUGGGGCUGAACUCAGCAGAUCUGCUCAAGGCCCUCUGCUACCCCCGCGUCAAGGUGGGGAAUGAAUACGUGACCAAGGGCCAAACUGUGCAGCAGGUGUACAAUUCAGUGGGUGCCCUGGCAAAGGCUGUCUAUGAGAAGAUGUUCCUGUGGAUGGUUGUUCGCAUCAAUGAACAGCUGGACACGAAGCAGCCCAGGCAGUAUUUCAUUGGUGUCCUGGACAUUGCUGGCUUUGAGAUCUUUGAUUUCAACAGCCUGGAGCAGCUGUGCAUCAACUUCACCAAUGAGAAACUGCAACAGUUCUUCAACCACCACAUGUUCGUGCUGGAGCAGGAGGAGUACAAGAAGGAGGGGAUUGAAUGGGAGUUCAUUGACUUUGGCAUGGACCUGGCUGCCUGCAUUGAGCUCAUUGAGAAGCCCAUGGGCAUCUUCUCCAUCCUGGAAGAGGAGUGCAUGUUCCCCAAGGCAACUGACACCUCUUUCAAGAACAAGCUCUAUGACCAGCACCUGGGCAAGUCCAACAACUUCCAGAAGCCCAAGCCUGGCAAAGGCAAGGCUGAAGCCCACUUCUCCCUGGUGCACUACGCUGGCACAGUGGACUACAACAUCACUGGCUGGCUGGAGAAGAACAAGGACCCUCUGAAUGAAACUGUCAUUGGGCUGUACCAGAAAUCAUCUGUGAAGACCCUGGCUUUACUCUUUGCCUCUGCUGGAGGAGAGGCAGAGGCUAGUGGUGGUGGUGGCGGCGGUGGCAAGAAGGGAGGCAAGAAGAAGGGUUCUUCCUUCCAGACCGUCUCAGCUCUUUUCCGGGAGAACCUCAACAAGCUGAUGACCAAUCUGCGGAGCACUCACCCCCAUUUUGUGCGCUGUAUCAUCCCCAAUGAGACUAAAACACCUGGUGCCAUGGAGCAUGAGCUGGUGCUGCACCAGCUGCGCUGUAACGGCGUGCUGGAAGGAAUCAGGAUUUGCAGGAAAGGGUUCCCCAGCAGAGUCCUCUAUGCUGACUUCAAACAGAGAUACAAGGUGCUUAAUGCCAGUGCCAUCCCCGAGGGACAGUUCAUUGACAGCAAGAAGGCUUCUGAGAAGCUCCUUGGCUCAAUCGAUGUGGACCACACCCAGUACAAAUUUGGACACACCAAGGUGUUCUUCAAAGCUGGGCUGAUAGGGCUCCUGGAGGAGAUGAGGGAUGAGAAGCUGGCACAGCUCAUCACCCGCACCCAGGCCAUGUGUAGGGGCUUCCUGGCGAGGGUGGCAUACCAGAGAAUGGUGGAGCGCAGGGAGUCCAUCUUCUGCAUCCAGUACAACAUUCGUUCAUUCAUGAAUGUCAAACACUGGCCAUGGAUGAAGCUGUUCUUCAAGAUCAAGCCCUUGCUGAAGAGUGCAGAGUCUGAGAAGGAAAUGGCCAACAUGAAACAAGAGUUUGAGAAAACCAAGGAAGACCUUGCAAAGUCGGAAGCAAAGCGGAAGGAGCUGGAGGAAAAAAUGGUUUCUCUACUGAAGGAGAAAAAUGACCUGCAGCUCCAAGUGCAGGCUGAAGCAGAUGCUUUGGCUGAUGCUGAGGAAAGGUGCGACCAGCUCAUCAAAACCAAAAUACAGCUGGAAGCCAAAGUCAAGGAGGUGACUGAAAGAGCAGAGGAUGAAGAGGAAAUUAAUGCUGAGCUGACAGCCAAGAAGAGGAAAUUGGAGGAUGAAUGUUCAGAACUGAAGAAAGAUAUUGAUGACCUUGAGCUAACACUGGCCAAGGUGGAGAAGGAAAAACACGCCACCGAAAACAAGGUGAAAAACCUGACUGAGGAGAUGGCAGGCCUGGAUGAGACCAUCGCCAAGCUGACCAAAGAGAAGAAAGCCCUCCAAGAGGCCCAUCAGCAGACCCUGGAUGACCUGCAGGCAGAGGAGGACAAAGUCAAUACUCUGACCAAAGCCAAGACCAAGCUGGAACAGCAAGUGGAUGAUCUGGAAGGGUCCCUGGAGCAAGAGAAGAAACUGCGCAUGGACCUGGAGAGAGCAAAGAGGAAACUGGAAGGAGACCUGAAGCUGGCCCAGGACAGCAUCAUGGAUUUGGAGAAUGAUAAGCAGCAGCUGGAUGAGAAACUGAAGAAGGUCCCUCCUGUUCUGCAGGCCCGCAUUGAGGAGCUGGAGGAGGAAAUUGAGGCAGAGCGAACCUCUCGCGCUAAAGCAGAGAAGCAUCGGGCUGACCUGUCCAGGGAGCUGGAGGAGAUCAGCGAGCGCCUGGAGGAAGCAGGAGGGGCCACAGCAGCUCAGGUGGAGAUGAACAAGAAGCGUGAGGCAGAGUUCCAGAAGAUGCGGCGGGACCUGGAAGAGGCCACGCUGCAGCACGAAGCCACGGCUGCCGCCCUGCGCAAGAAGCACGCGGACAGCACCGCUGAGCUGGGGGAGCAGAUCGACAACCUGCAACGUGUGAAGCAGAAGCUGGAGAAGGAGAAGAGUGAGCUGAAGAUGGAGAUUGAUGACUUGGCCAGCAACAUGGAGUCUGUCUCCAAAGCCAAGGCCAACCUGGAGAAGAUGUGCCGCACACUGGAAGAUCAACUCAGUGAGCUUAAGACCAAGGAAGAAGAGCAUCUGCGCAUGAUCAAUGACCUCAAUGCCCAAAGAGCUCGUCUGCAGACAGAGUCAGGUGAAUAUUCACGCCAGAUGGACGAAAAGGAUGCUUUGGUUUCUCAGCUGUCAAGAGGCAAACAGGCUUUCACCCAGCAGAUUGAGGAACUCAAGAGGCAUCUGGAGGAAGAGAUAAAGGCCAAGAGCGCCCUGGCCCAUGCCCUGCAGUCCGCUCGCCACGACUGUGACUUGCUCCGGGAACAAUAUGAGGAGGAGCAGGAGGCCAAGGGGGAGCUGCAGAGAGCCCUGUCCAAGGCCAACAGCGAGGUGGCUCAGUGGAGAACCAAAUACGAGACAGACGCCAUUCAGCGCACGGAGGAGCUCGAGGAGGCCAAGAAGAAGCUGGCCCAGCGUCUGCAGGAUGCAGAGGAACAUGUUGAGGCUGUCAAUGCCAAAUGUGCCUCCCUGGAAAAGACAAAGCAGAGGCUGCAGAAUGAAGUGGAGGACCUGAUGAUUGAUGUGGAGAGAUCCAAUGCUGCCUGUGCUGCUCUGGAUAAGAAGCAGAAGAACUUUGACAAGAUCCUGGCAGAAUGGAAGCAGAAGUAUGAGGAAACACAGGCUGAGCUGGAGGCCUCGCAGAAGGAGUCGCGCUCUCUGAGCACGGAGCUGUUCAAGAUGAAGAAUGCCUAUGAGGAGUCCUUGGACCACCUGGAAACAAUGAAGCGGGAGAACAAGAACUUGCAGCAGGAGAUUUCCGACCUCACGGAGCAGAUUGCAGAAGGAGGGAAGGCAAUUCAUGAGCUGGAGAAAGUGAAGAAGCAGAUUGAGCAGGAGAAAUCUGAACUGCAAGCCUCCCUAGAGGAAGCUGAGGCCUCCCUGGAACAUGAGGAGGGGAAGAUCCUGCGCCUGCAGCUUGAGCUCAACCAAGUGAAGUCUGAGAUUGACAGGAAGAUAGCAGAGAAAGAUGAGGAGAUUGACCAGCUGAAGAGGAACCACCUCAGAAUUGUGGACUCCAUGCAGAGUACUCUAGAUGCUGAGAUCAGGAGCAGGAAUGAAGCCCUUAGGCUGAAGAAGAAGAUGGAGGGAGACCUGAAUGAGAUGGAGAUUCAGCUGAGCCAUGCAAACCGCCAGGCUGCAGAGGCACAGAAGAACCUGAGAAACACUCAGGCAGUGCUGAAGGACACCCAGAUCCACCUGGAUGAUGCUCUUAGGACAAAGGAUGACCUGAAGGAGCAGGUGGCCAUGGUGGAGCGCAGAGCAAACCUGCUGCAGGCUGAAGUUGAGGAGCUCCGGGCAGCCCUGGAGCAGACGGAGAGGUCGAGGAAAGUGGCUGAGCAGGAGCUUCUGGAUGCCAGUGAGAGAGUUCAGCUCCUCCACACUCAGAACACCAGCUUAAUCAACACCAAGAAGAAGCUGGAAACAGACAUUUCCCAGAUCCAGAGUGAAAUGGAGGACACCAUCCAGGAAGCCCGCAAUGCUGAGGAGAAGGCCAAGAAGGCCAUCACAGAUGCUGCCAUGAUGGCAGAAGAGCUGAAGAAGGAGCAGGACACCAGUGCCCACCUGGAGAGGAUGAAGAAGAACCUGGACCAGACAGUGAAGGACCUGCAGCUUCGUCUGGAGGAGGCCGAGCAGCUGGCACUGAAGGGAGGCAAGAAGCAGAUCCAGAAGCUGGAGGCCAGGGUGCGGGAGCUGGAAGGGGAGGUUGAUGCUGAGCAGAAGCGCAGCGCUGAAGCCGUGAAGGGCGUGCGCAAGUACGAGCGGAGGGUGAAGGAACUGACCUACCAGUCUGAGGAAGACAGGAAGAAUAUUCUCAGGCUGCAGGAUCUGGUGGACAAGCUGCAAAUGAAAGUGAAAUCCUACAAGAGACAAGCUGAGGAAGCUGAGGAGCUGUCCAAUGUGAACCUCUCCAAGUUCCGCAAGAUCCAGCACGAGCUGGAGGAAGCCGAGGAGCGGGCUGACAUUGCAGAGUCACAGGUCAACAAGCUCCGAGUGAAAAGCCGGGAGUUUCACAGCAAGAAAAUAGGAGAGGAAGAGUGAGGAUGUCACAAGGCAGCAAAGUGACCUGAGGGAUGCACAAAAUGUGAACCCUCUAUCACUCCCUCCUGCAACAAGAGUUUAUAAAUUUGUCAGUGUCUAAGGGCUAAAGACCGUAGAUUUCUUUGCAUAAAAAGCAGUAGUUAUAUUUUAGUUUUGCUGUUAUUUAAGUGUUGACUGUGUUCAAACAAUUAAUAUUCAGGAGUAAACUCCUGAAUUUUCUGGAGUAAGAUUCUGAAACUCCAGUACUCCAACUACAGUAAGAGUAAUAGGCAUGAGAACACACAAAUUUUUUCACACUGUACCACAGUGUUUCCCAGCAAUGGAAUUUGUGAUUUAAAGUUAGAAUAUAUAAAUAUUAAAUAAAUAAUGUUCUUUAGAAAGAGAAA